AUGGAAGCGUCGGCAGCUCGGCGCUUGUUGCGGAAACAUCUGGUCCUCAAAGCGUUCAUGUCUAGCAAGAACUAUGAUACUCUCGAGAAGGCCACGAUUCGCCGUUUGGCGGUGAAGAAGUACUGGGCCGUGUUUGAACAGGUGUUGUUGCGUUUGCUUGAUUCGACUCGCCCCGAUCAGUAUGAUUGGGCUUGGCGUUUGGCUAGCGUGAUCGCAGCAGAGCAGGCAUCUCGAAUAUCGCUGAGAGAUUUUGAGACCAUACGACCGAGGAUUGUUGCCACUUUUCGCGGUCAGCAUUUGCCCGCAGCCCUCCACGACAUGGACCGAUUCCGAUCCCUGUUUGCAUUUCAUUCUUUGGCUGCGAUACACGAGGCUGUUGAGGCAAUGGAAGACGCCGCACAAUCCCCUCUUGUUGAAGCGUAUCAAUCUGCUAUGCGUGCCAGAAAGCAGCGUCCACUCCCUUUUAAUGUCGCUUUACAAUGCACCCUUGCAUACAACACGAGUUGUGAGCGGACAUACCGCGAUAUCGUGGAACUGAUGGGGCUUGUUGUGAGUGAAGUGGUUGUCAGUGCGUGCGUAGCGAGCAUUGAGGAUGCCGUUGCCACCGCUUUCAAACCGCUAGUCUUAUGGCAUCCUUGGCUGACGAUGCAUGAGUAUGUUGCGUGGAGUGCAAGACACAUCGAGGCAUACCAGGGCAAAGGUGUUGGCCAUUUCCUCGCUCCCCGACUACGCGCAGAACCCAAUUGCCCGCCACGCAUCGCUGCCUUUGUCGACGGAACCGUGUAUCCGAUCUUCAGGCCCAGUGGUCGCAACCGUAACCAGCGGGUGAACUACGACGGCAAUCAUCGUGUGUGUACCGUUGUUGUGUUGAUUUCAGCUUUGGGCUGA